AUCUCAGGGGACUGGGCGAGAAAGGAGGUAGAUUUAAGGUUUCACGUGGCUGUAAGGGAAGCUGUAAAUUGUGUGUAAUCUGCCUGUGUAUGUGAGAGAGAGAGGGGGAAGUAGUGACCACACUUCUCAGUGCUACUUCCUCAGAUGUGAUGUCAGGUACAUUCUGCAAUAUGAGAACCAAAGAAGCAAACAGCAAAGCAAAAUUAACAUAAACAGAUGCAUUAUCCAUAUUAGUGUCAAUGGUGUGAUGUUGAGUGGCUUUUUUUUGUCCUUAGUUGCAACUCAGGGACUCUUUAAUCCACAUAAGCUCUUGAUGCUUCUCUAAAUCCAUCCAAUCUGUUGAGUGUCUAUACUUAACAGCCCUACUCAACAAAUGUGGGUCAGUAGAUGGUAUAGUGAAGCUACACAGUUGCUGUUUGUGCAGAGCAAAAUCACCUGAACUGGAACUUUAAGGAGUGUUUUAAAAUGAAGAUUUAGCCCAGUUUUGUCAGAUUCUGGUUUGGCCACAUCGUCCUGAUGGAGGGGGGAAGCUGGAAUUAAACCUAACUACACAAGAGCUUGAAGAAGUGAGAAGGUUUUCGAGGAUUUCACUGAAAAAAUGGAGCUGCAAGACCAACUGAAGAGCGAUUGGAGAAGUUUUUUUUGCAAUCAGCCACCAGUGGAGUUUGACACAAGUGCAAACCAUCAUCUUCUCUGCAGUAAGUUGAAAAGCAGCCCUGUGAGGCUGGAGGACAACGCAGAUCCAUACUGCAGCAUCUGGUCGGACAACGAACAAGCAAGAGUCAAGAGUCGUAACAAUCGGUCAUUUGCCAUGGAUGCGAGAAUGAGACUAGAUAGUUUGAAGUCAGGGUGUAAUUCACCCUUGCCCUGCGUUGCCAUGGAUGGGAUGUUGUACAACUAUGACUGUGAAAAAGACCCUUGGGACAGUGAAGAUUCACAGGAUGAAGAGUCUGCUUUGGACCUGGUAGAGCUCCUUGAUGUAGAUGACGAUGUGCAGGAUGAAGAGAACUGGUUGUAUGAGUCUCCAAAGAAGCAGGAGUUUGUGGGGAGAAGUGAAUCUGCUCUUGGAUGGUGUCGACGCGUCCUGGAUAACCCCAGUCCUGAGACGGAGGCGGCGUGUCGUUCACUGAUAAAUAGGCUGGAUCAAAGAUCAAGCAGUCACCUCUACAGACGUCCUGCAGUUUCCUAUCGUACUGGCAAUGUUUCAGUGGGCUCCUUUAUGGACAAAACAUUUGGCGGCACAACACACAGUACCUCCAACAGUUUAGAUACCAGUGAGAUGAGCAUCUCCCAUGACUCCAUAACCACAAGCUACAGACUGCAGGACAUGACAGAUGUCCACAUUAUGGCUCGUAUACAGGAAGCCAGUUUAAGACAGGACUACGUCUCCACACCUACUACUGCUUCACCUAGGAGAGGCCUUGAGCCAUCGGCGAUGUCUCCAUCUUACUUUAACCACACUGUUAAUAAUAUUGAUGACUUCACUGCAGGAAAUAAAACUGGGGCGUCGUCUUCCUCUUGUUGGCAGCCUGGUCUGUCGUCACUGAGCUCUUUCUCUUGCCAGGCACCAACAUCAGUAGCUAAAGGCUGCCAAAGUCCAAAACUGGCUCGACUUCACCAGCAGGUCACCCAGUUCAAGCUGCUUAAACUUGCUCAGAAUCAAGCAUCACCAGGCAGAACCAGGUCACCUCUGCGGACGAGCCUCCGCUCCCUCCAGGCUGUUAGGAACAGCCGAAGUUUAGACACUGAGGACUAUCAACCUGCUGACUCCCAAAUCCCUUACCCCCCCUCAGGUGUAUCAUCUGCGACAUCCAUGAAUUCCAACGGCUUGUUGCACUCAGUGAGAGAAUCCUCAGACCGGACGGCCGCCGUGAAGAGACUUCAGAGGUCUCAGUCUGUCAGUCCCUGCAGGAUCCCUCACUCUGCUAAGGGAUACCUGUCUGUUCAUGGACGCGUUUUUGCCUCACCUGAUAGGUCGACCUCUGUAGCUUGGGCCAGAAAUGUGCCCUCCACUCAAAGGUGAAAGGUGUCACCGGUGGCAUAUCUACAAAACAUCAAAAAAGUCUAUGUCAUAUCUUGAAGUAAUUUGCUUGUACGGUUGCCUGAAAGCUUCAGAUUGUGAAGGAAUGAAUGUCUGUAUUAGAAUUCUUUAUAACAUGGCAUGUUGCUGUGGCUGAAGAUAAUGUAUGUACUGUGUCAGUGUGAAGUAGGACAUGAGUCAUCUUCAUCUGCAACAGACUGUAGACAAAGACAGCAGAAUGUGUAGCUGGCACUGUUGUAAGCCAGAAGCAUCCUGGAGGGCUUUACAUUACAGAGACAUCCUGUGCGGUGAAAUCCGACUGUAAAAACCUGAAUAAUGUGGACUUUUGCCAAAAGGUAUAAGAAUGUAGAAAUGUUAGAUGAUCUUAUGGUGUUAUGUGGAUACAUUCACCCAUCUGAGAUACUCUUAAAAUAAUAAUGAAAGUGAAAAAGUAUGCUCUGUGCUGCAUGCUGCAAAACCACUAACACAUUAAACAUUACAGUAUAUGCUUGGAUAGAGGUUUUGGCACAAUGUGAGAUUUCACUGCUGAUUGAAUUCAGUCAGACUUCACUUUAUUGCUGCUGAUUGUAGAACAGGCAGUUUUCUGCAGAGCUGUCACAACAGGAAGUGUGCAGGUGACCUCUGUAUAAUAGGAAGCGUGCUUUUGUACUUCUUACCAAGAAGUAGUGUUGUGGUUUCUGAGCGGUUUCUUCUUAAAACCUUUUCAAUGUCAUUCACUACUUUGAUGAGGGGGCUACAUCUUACUGAUGUUGUUACUCUGGUGACAUGAUGUAGUCUUACUCAACCAAUGCACCGCAGUUUCAGCUGUUUCCCCAAACUCACCCAGCCUCACUGUGCAGAAUGAUGUCUGUGCAGAGUUUGACACUAGAAGGAUGUUUUCACAUUCAUCUGCUGAAAGUGGAAAGUUUCUCUGUGCUCAUUGAAAGUGGGAUUUUAAGGGGUUGGUCUACGAGCAUAGUUUGGAAGCCAAUCCUGGUCCAAAAUUCUAUUGCAAAAGUGUAAUUUGCACAUAAACUGAGAAUGGACUUUACAGUGAAGUUGUCCAGCAAUUCAACCUAUAGGUUUUGGAUUUUAAAUGAAAGAGGAAUAGAUGUAUAUAUAUAUAUAUAUAUAUAUAUAUAUAUAUAGAUGAACUUCAAAGAUUAUUUAACUUUUUGUGAAAAGACAUAUCAGUAACAAAUUAUUAUUGCAAUUUAUAUCUGAUGAACUUUGAUGACUAUUUAACGGGAAACGCUUUUAGAUGUUUACAUAAAGCAAAGAUCUAGUAGAUGUCAUGACCUCUCUCAUAAAGGUACAUUUCUCUUAUUGUGUUCCAGCUGCUGUUUACACUGCUGUGGUUUCUUUCAUUCAUAGCAAAUCUAUCAAGUCGGCCCUCUUUGAUCUGCUGUCUGCUUUUUGUGCCUGAAUGGGAUCCAUUGACACACUUUAAACGCAGCACAAAUUCAAUGUUUAAGGAACAAAGCCAAUGUGCAAAUGCUUAUCAUGGUGAACUGGUAAAGAAAUCGGAGUGGGUCAUACAAGUUCAGAUUAUACGUGUUUGUUACCUCUCAUUUCACAAAAAAUACUAACAUGUAGUCAGUCCAGAAUAUUUUGGAGACAUUUAAUAGACUGUAUAAUGAGUACAGUUUGGAGUACCUACUACUGUUCAUAAUGUUUAUGACUGAACUCUAGAUAUUCUCCAUAAAACAUAUUACUACUUAUAACUGAGAAAAACACUGAGAAGAAAUAUCAACAAAACUGUCUUCUUCAUGCUGAUUAGUACUGAUUAUAUCUUCCACUUGUUUACUUGUAGAAAAAACUGUUUACUACAAGUUAAUAAGAAAGUGAUGAAAUAAUCAGCACAAGCUUCAAGUUUGAGCUUUCAAUAAAAGCACAGGUGUAACUAAUAACAUCAAUGGCUGCAUUCCAUUAUAAGUGUCCCACUAUAUAAGAGUCCACAUGCAUAAUACCACG